CCCGACUGGAUUCUAGCCAAACGAUAAGGCGUCUUUCAACAUCUUCCUGACCGACCGCUUAAGAGAACUUGGUAUCCAACAGCAUGGACCAAGCUCAAGACUUCGACCCGCAUGCAUUCACGAAGCCAUCUCAACUCACAAAGACGAUGCGCCGAGCGGACAUAUACGAAGCAGUAAACCCUACGAAACCCAAAAACAGUGCUGCGGGCAAAAGCGUGCUGGUUACGGGAGGAGGUCGCGGAAUCGGAAAGGGUAUUACUCUGGCCUGGGCCAAAGCUGGAGCGAAGACUAUCUUUAUCUGCGGAAGGGAGCAAAACACUCUAGAUGCCACUGCAGCCGAAGUCGCGGGAGUUUCGCCGUCGACGGAGGUUGUGUGCAUUCCGUGCGAUGUGACCAAUGAAGUACAAGUCGCGGAGAUGUUCGCAAAGGUCAAGGGUAAAGUAGGGAAGCUAGAUGCGUUGGUUUGCAAUGCAGGCGGUAUGCGGACGGCAGGCCAGCAUCUCAAGAUCGGGGAGAUGGAGACGAGGGAUUGGUGGGGGGAUAUCGAGCUCAACGUCAAAGGCACAUACCUCCCCGUCCACUACUACAUCCGCAGCCUAUCGUCUCCCUCCGACUCUCCGAACACCCCUCCCACUGGUACCAUAAUCUCCAUCUCCAGCAUCAUUGCCGGCUUCGUCCUGCCUGGCGAAUCCUCCUACGGCCUCGCGAAGCGCACGAACGCCGGGCUGGUCGAAUACCUGCACGCCGAGCACCCCUCCAUCCGCGCAUUCUCGCUCAACCCAGGCAUUGUCCGUACUCGCGAUCUCCCAAAGCCGAUGAAGCCGUACGCGCUGGACACGCCUGAACUGGCUGGCGCGGUGACUGUGUAUCUGGCGAGUGAGAGAAGCGAGUAUGCGAGGGGUGGGUUUUUGAGUGUUAAUUGGGACGUUGGCGAGAUGGAGCAGCAUGCGGAGGAGAUUGAGAGGGAGUGCUUGCUGAAGUUUAGGUUCUUGGGGGCGCAGCUGGGGUUUGGGGGACAUCCGUAGGAAGUUCAGGUGCUGGUCGCGCCUGCCUCCGUAAUUGGCACCUGCGCUAUUUACCUUCGGU